AUGCCUAUCCCAAACCCUGCACAAGACCAGGCUCAGGAGAGACAGACUCAGGCCACACACAUACAGCGUUUCUGCCAGAGUGUAGGUCAGCAGCCAGGUCAGAUGACCCCACAAAGAAUUAAUUCCAAGACAUUACAGCACUACACAAAAGGCAGGAGUAAAAGAGAAACCAAGUGUGCUAGAUUGCUUUGCAGGGUAUGAUGGCAGGCAGACAGGAACAUCAUCAUGGUGGCUUGAUCAUGUAGCGAUUCGAAUUUAUAAUAAAUGUCUGAAGAUUAAUAAUCUCAAAUCAUGACAUUCAUGCACUCGUUGAAAGGGGCACCACCCACCCUUAAUGGUGGGAAAAUAAAGAAAAACAAAAGUUUAAUUCAGAAAUCAAACAUUAAGUCAAUCCUUAAUUAAUCAAUCUCAUAUCAUAUCAGGGACUCCACUUCUGGAAGAACACUAACAGACAGGAACUUAGAAAGAUAAUGAUCUGUUUAAUACAGGAUAAGUGAAGGUACAACGUACAUGCAAUAAAUGAUGAUAAGAUAAUGAGGAUAAAUAAUAAUAGGUGAAUAAAUAAAGAUUCUGAGUCAGGCUAGGAGCACUAAAGUUAACGAUAGUGAGUGAAUAUGUUCUAACAUAUUAACCUACACUAACUUUGGUGUCAAGAUACAUUUGGAUGUGGAUUUGGAUGAACCUAGGAUUACCAGAAUAGGUGAAUAUCUGAAUUAUGACCACAUGAGACAGCAUCAGCCCUGUUUGAGCUCUGGAGGUUUACAUACUUAAGUGAGACUGGUCCUUGGAGACCAUUUUUCAUCGACAAGAUGGCGGCGCCCUGUGGAGUCCAGCUACUCUAACAGACUACUCUAACAGAUUGACUGCAGAUACCCAGGGCAUCUAUCCGGCUACACUGAUCCACCAAUAUCCACACGGAUUAAAUAAAAUACCCCCGGUCACAUCGGCCACGGCUGGAACGCCGCAAGAGAGACUUACCUGAGAUUUCCACCAACAGCUCUUCCGGGGCCCUCGCUGGUAAGUCUCCUCCUGUGUUGUCUGAUCUGCUUCCUCACCACUGUGGGCUCCAGGACGGAGCCCUGGCGUGUAAGUGUCCUUCUCGGCACAGUCCAAUCCCCGAUCCAGACUGUCCUCUAUCAGAUCCUGCCUGGUGUCGUUGGCUGUCUGCUGGCUGUUGUUCUCUCUGUUUCAGCCAUGGCUCCACACUCCUCUCCAACCGGCUGUUUCAGCUGUGCCUGUCUGGCGGAAAAGAUCCAGGAGCUGGAGCGAAGGAUCUCCACUCUCUACCAGAUCCAGGAAGCCAAGAAACUCAUGGACACCAUCGUCUUCAGAACACCACAUCCCGACUCCACCGGCUCAUCGGAUCCAGACCCCGCCGCUCCAAACACCCCUCCCCCGGCUGCGGCGACCACCUCUCCUUCGCCUGCUCAUCCAUCCCUCUUCCCUGACGUCUCCUCGACAAGGCUGGGAGCAAAACCCAAGGCUAAACCAGAGCCUCCGGCUAGCUCCACUCCAUCCCUGCAGGAGCACUGGUCCCACAUCACCGCCCGCUCAUCCCGUCCGCCUCCCGUGCCCGACCAUCCGCACGCUGGGUCCCUCUGGCGGUGCUCGAUGCCGUGCUUCACACCUGCACCGUGGAUGGCCCGUGUCCCUUCCGUCUCGCCUCAGUUGUCCUCCUCGGCGAGUUCCCCCCCUCCUCCGACAUAUUCCUCUCUGGUCAUGCAGUCUUCACGUCCACUUUUCCCUCGGACGACUUUAAUUGUGGGCGACUCCAUCGUGAGAAACAUCCGCUUUUUUAACGCUAUCACGCGGUGUUUCCCCAGUGCGAGGGUCCUUGACAUUUUAACACUCCUCCCCACUCUGUUAAAAUCUCUGCCAACUUCCAUUGAGAGAAUCAUAAUCCAUGUCGGUACUAAUGACACGUCCCUCCGCCAGACCGAGCUCACGAAGGACCAUUUUACCCAACUUUUUAACUUUCUGAGAAACUGUGAACUGUCUGUUUUUAUCAGCGGUCCCAUUCCCACUUCUGGUCGUGGGUGCGGGGGCUUCAGUAGAGUGCUCAGCCUGCACACCUGGCUCCAAUCUGCCUGCCAAGCCCAUAGCUUUGCCUUCGUGGACAAUUUUAUCUUUUUUGGAACCGUUCGUCCCUUUUUAAAUCGGAUGGUAUCCACCCGAACACCACAGGUAGCCGCAUGUUAGCGGCUAACCUGCAGCACACUGUACACUGUUUCCCACGUGACUGACUAUUUACUUCGCCCCCACACACACCCUCCUCUCCCUCUGUGGUGCACCCACUGCUGACAGGUCCUCCCCAGAGCUCCCCCUGCUGGCAAAUUCUGUCACUGACUCCCUCGGCCACAGGUCUUCCCGACAUUUUUUCCCCACUCCCUAAUAAUUACAGUAGCAUCCAACUCCUCCCUAUUCCUGUCCAUAUCACCAACAGACACCACUCUAAUAGAUACACCACCCGGACUGUCAAUCACUCUUUUUUAGCAAGCCCAUCCAUGCUGGCUCCCAUCCUCACCAAACAUGGACUCGGACUCCUCAACAUCCGCUCACUCACCAACAAGGGACACAUCAUCCAUGAUCUCCUCACUGACCGCAAGCUGGACUUCCUCUGCAUCACUGAAACAUGGCAACAACCAAAUGACUUCUCAUAACUCAACGACUCCACCCCCCGGGACUUCACCUACCUCUCCCACCCCCGCAGCCACGGCCGUGGUGGAGGUAUCGCCGUCAUCCACCACAAGAAGUGGAAAGUUCUACCGCUGUCCCUGCCUCUUUUCUCCUCACACGAACUUCUGGCAAUUACACUCCCUGGACCCACUCCCACCAUCAUCGCCACCAUCUACUGCCCCCCCAAGCCCCACUCUGACUUCUUAAAUGACUUUUCGGUUCUACUCACCCAUCUAUGCACACUCUCACCAAACAUAAUAAUACUGGGGGACUUCAAUAUCCAUAUUGACAACACCAACCUGCCCCUCACCAGAGACUUCUCAUCUUGCCUGGACAGUUUUGGACUCCAUCAAUUCAUCAACUUCCCGACACACACUAAAGGACACACUCUGGAUCUACGCUGCUGCUCUGGCCUCAUCCCAUCCAACUGCACAGCUGAUGAUCUCCAUGUAAGUGACCACCUCCUCAUCUCCUUCAGUAUUCCUCUCUGCCUCUCUAGAGUUUUAGAGUUUAUUCACCAUGCCUCAUUACAUUCCGCAACCUCAAGAACAUAAACAUUGACACUCUGCGCUCUAAGAUUAACAAUAUUUUGAUCCCAGACUGUUACACUACCCCUGAUGACAUAACAUCCCAUUACAACACCUGUUUAAAUAACAUCCUCAACUCCCUCGCUCCACUCAAAACACGCUCUGUUUCCUUCUCCACAACUGCACCCUGGUACAGCCCCCACCUCCGCUCCAUGAAAACCAAAGGCCGCCAACUGGAAAGACUUUACAAGAAAACUGGACUCUCCAUUCACAAAGAAAUAUACACUAACCACAUCCGCCGCUACAAGGACUCAAUUUCUCACGCAAAGACAGACCACUACUCCGCCCAGAUCAUCUCCAACAAAGGAAACACCAGGGGCCUCAUUUAUCAACACUUGCGUGGAACUCAUACCAGAAACAAGCGCACGCAAGGUCCUUCACGCUGAAAAAAAUCUGUAUGUAUCAAUGUGUGCGGGCGCCGAAAGCCACGUGUGUUUCCUUGAUAAAUCCCAAUCAGCGUGGAAUUGAGCGCAGAUGUCGGAGUGACUGGGCCCGCCCCCGUUACGCCCUCCUAUAAAUAUGCAGAUUUAUUUAAAUAGGGUCUCCCUGUCCUCGCACGCAGAGAAAAUGACAAGAAAAACUAAAUUUACGGCGUCCGAGAUGGAGGUGCUGGUGGCGGAGGUGGAGGAGCGACAGCGUGUUUUGUUUGGCAGCCUGUCCAGUGGCGUCAGUGCAAAACGAAAACGCUUGGAGUGGGAGAAACUUUGUCAGAGGGUGAACGCGGUGGGUUCCGAGACACGCACCCCCGCAGAGAUUUUAAAAAAGUGGUCGGACCUCAAGGUGGAGGUCAAGCGGCGUACAGCUGCCCUCCGGAGGAGUACCGGCCAGACAGGUGGGGGUCCGGGGGAGGAGACCCUCACGCCGUUUGAGCAGCGGGUGGUGGCGAUUAUGGGGGGCACCUCUGUGGGGGUGAUUGUCACCGCUACCCGCGGCGACUCAGACAGCCUGCCGGAGGGUAAGUGGUCUUUCACACAAAUGUCCACAUGCUCUGCCAUAGAUGUAAACGCAACAGAUACACAGAAGCAGGAAUUGAAAUCAACCAAUAUUUUUACUGUGUCACAGAAAUCAAUGUGUCGGCCGUGUCACCGGCUUGUGGAACCCCGGCCCGCGGCAGCCCCUCCGCCGGCUCAGAGUCGUCGGCCAGGACCAGCGGCAUUAGGGCCGCCCCCGGCCCCAGCACCAGCACCAGCGCACCGACAAGCAAUGGAGCGUCCACCAACCGCGGCGCUUCCGCUGGACCACCCGGACGCACUGGAAGGGUCCUCACAGAGGCGGUCCUGCAAUCACAGGAACAAAUAAUUAGGGGGAUCGCGGGGAUCAACGAGCGGCUGGACCGCCUCGUUAAUGUGCUCGAGCGUCUGGUGGACAAAAUAAAUUAAUUUGGCUCAUUAAACUGUGUAUUCACUUCUUACCCAUUCACAUUGUGGCGAUGAGAUUCUCCCGCGCGAGGACGGCGGCCCGGCAGGGAUCAGCUCGCAUCCCUCCGUCUGCUGCUGGUUCGUGAUGUGCGGCGACGUGCUGCUCGGCCAUGGGGAUGUGGUGCAGGUGUGCCACAUUGUGGAGGACGCCACACGCCAUCACAAUGCGGCACACCUUCUCCGGACGAUACAGAAGCACGCCGCCACUCUGGUCCAGACAGCGC